AUGAAUGUUCAACUGCAAGCGGCUAAUGAGAAAAGAGAAGAUGCUGAAAGAAAGGUUACACGAUUGGAAGGUCGCUUUAAUGAAGAAAAAGAUACAAGACGCAAGAUUGGCGAUGAGCUGGAAACAGCAAACGAAAAAAUAGAAGAAUAUGAGAAAAAGAUUCAAAAAUUGAAGAAACGUAUAGAACAAGGAAACAACAAACGAGAUUUACUUGAAGACGAAAUAGCAAGGGAAAAUGACAAAAGAAGAGAAGCUGAAAGAACGAUUCAAAUGCUGCGUAAGGAACUAGAGAAAGAAAAAAAAAGAAGUAGGAUUUUUAACGAGCCGGAGCACAAAUAUCAGGAAGAAGAAAAGUUUGACGCAGCGAAUUUCGAAUCAGCAAAGAAGCGACGUUCCGCACAGGUAAAAUUCACAACAACACCAAAAAAAGAUCAAGGAUUGAACAAGGAAUUUUCAGAGAAGCCUCCGUUUGACAAAAAGUUUCCAUCCAAAGAAGCAGCCUAUCAGGAUUUUACAGGUCUGCGUGCGACAAGCGACAAGCAAAAGAUAGCAGGAAGGACUGAUUAUCCAACUAUAGGAAGGAAUUUUUAA